AUUUCGUUGUGGUAUGCGUUCAUAAUCGAUUGUGGGUUAUGGGUUUGUCUUUGGCUCUUUGUAUGAUAAACUAUAUGACUCUAAUUUUCUUAAAUGAAUUCAGAACGAGAUAAAAAAAACACUACUUGUUACGUAUCAUUGUAUCAUUUGUAAUCAAAACAAGCAAUAAUUUCACUGCUCUGUACGCAUACUAUUCGCCUUUACGUUAUGAGAGAGGUUUGCAAGUCUCUUAAUGGCUCACAAUACAUGAGAUAAGCCCAUUAAGACCCAAAAGAGAUUGUUUCUAUAGGCCCAUUAAGAUUACAAAUUCUUAUCCUCACCGAGUCAUCAGCUCUACGCCACUGUUAUUUAAUUCAUCUCCCUAUUAAAUAUCCUCGCGAUAACAAACCGAAAAAUCCAAAACCAGAGAAAAUGGGAGUGGUAGUGAUCGACGGAUCAACCGUUCGAUCCUUCGUGGAGGACGAGGAGCAAUUCAAGAAGACCAUAGACGAGAGGUUCGCUGCUCUAGAUCUCAACAACGACGGCGUUUUAUCGCGAUCCGAGCUACGAAAGGCCUUCGAAUCGAUGAGGCUGUUGGAAUCGCACUUCGGCGUCGACGUGGUGACUCCUCAGGAUGAGCUGACGAGUCUGUACGAAUCGAUCUUCGAGAAGUUCGAUACGGAUCAGAGCGGGUCAGUGGAUCGGGAGGAGUUUAGAUCGGAGAUGAAGAAGAUCGUGUUGGCGAUCGCCGAUGGGCUCGGAUCGUGUCCGAUCACGAUGGCGUUGGAUGAUGAUGAGAAUAAUUUGUUGAAGAAGGCUGCGGAUCUGGAAGCUUCGAAGCUCGAGAAGAAGGCUUCGUGAUGAAAUGAUGGUUGGAUUUGAUGAUCUAAGGGAUCUUUUUUUUUUAGUGUUCUUCGUUUUCGUUGUUGCUUUUUCUAGUGUUGUGAUGUGAGCGAAUAUGAAUAAUAAAAAGUUUGAAAACUUUGAACUUGUGAAACGUGAGAAUUAUUGAACUUUUAUAUGAAAAAAAAAAUAGAAGAAGAAUGAAUAACUUGGGAAAACAUUUCGUCG